UCCCGGAAGUAGAAGGAAGCGGCGUUGCCAUGGCGGCGUCCCUCGGGCAGGUGCUGGCUCUGGUGCUGGUGGCGGCUUUGUGGGGUGGCACACAGCCGCUGCUGAAGCGCGCCUCCUCAGGCCUGCAGCAGGUUCAUGAGCGGACCUGGGCCCGGCAGCUGCUGCAGGAGAUGAAGACCCUCUUCUUGAAUACUGAGUACCUGAUGCCCUUUUUCCUCAACCAGUGUGGCUCCCUUCUUUACUACCUCACCUUGGCAUCAACAGAUCUGACGCUGGCUGUGCCCAUCAGUAACUCUCUGGCCAUCGUCUUUACUCUGAUCGUGGGGAAGGUCCUUGGAGAAGAUAUUGGUGGAAAACGAGCAUUUGCAGGCAUGGUGCUCACCGUGACUGGAAUUACACUCUGCAUCAUAAGCUCAGCGAGCAAGACCCAGGGGCACCUUUGAAUGGGACGGCGCCACCCUCCACUCUGCUGUCUCCAGGAGUCCCUGGGCCACGAGGUGCAGGCAGAUGACCUAGCACUUCUCCCCUGUAAGCCUCAGCUUCAUCCCUGAUGGGGAUACUGGCUACCUCAUGGAUGGAAAUAAGAGAACAAGAGUAAAAGGGUUUUAUAACUUUCAAGUGCUGUUCGACAGCCAGGAUUUAGCACAACAGACAAGACUUUGCACUCACCCUUAGCAACCCUUCUGCCCCAGCAGCUCUCUUCCUGCCGCCAUAUCAGGCGCCCAGCAUAGCCACUGUUUACUGUGAUCUGGACCAUCACAGCAACAGGGGGAUGAACUGCUGAACUCCAGCCGGCUGCAGCCUCUGAGCCAGAAAUGUAAACAGGAGGCCUGCAGGACUCCGUCAGAGAGCCUUGGCUGGCUGGGGGUGGGUUGGGGAGAGAUGCUGGUGGACCUGGGGGAACGGCAGAGACAGGGAGCUAAGCUGUCCAUAGCUUUGCUUGUUCUACCCAUGAGGCCGGUGGACAUUCCCCAAUGGCCCGCCCCUCAAACAGAGAAGAGAUACUUGUGAGCCACCGCACUGUCUGACUCUAGCACAUGGUGCAACGCCUGGCGAGUGAAAGCCUGUAAUAAAUCGGCAGCAAACAGAUGGAGGUUGGUAAGUUUUCUUUUAUUGU